GUGGGACAACAUUUGUGGAAAAUAAUAGAAAGAAAUUAAGCAGCCAUUAAAGAAGCUCAAGGAGAAACUCCAAAAACUUAACAGUGUUGCAUGCAGAUGGAGAACGGCAAUGUGGAUCCACCAGAGAGCCCAAUCUGCGGCCGACGAUGCUCCAGUACUACUGGCACGAACGGCAGCGAUCUGACCUUUUCUGGGUGUGAUGGGAAACGUUUGUUGGACAACUCAGAGAGCUUUUAUAAGAAGCUCUCUGAGUUGUACGAGUCAUCUGGGCUCAACCUUGUACUAAAUGUCCGAGAGACAUUAGUGAACUUGCAUGUGUUGUACAAAGAAGUCACUAUAAGAGGCGGAUUUUACCAGGUUACCAAAGAUAAGCGAUGGGAGGAAGUUGCAAUUGCCCUAAAAUUGGAAGGCAUCAAAAUGAAGUUCCCUAGUCAACUUCAAAACGUUUAUGCGCUCUUCCUUUUCCAGUUUGAGCAAAUUUACUUCUACAGAGCACCUGAGAAAAAAGCUUCUGAUCCAGGUUUUGCAGGUCAUGUUUUCAGUACUCUGGGGAAUGGCUCAAUGCUGAAGCGGAAGAAUUCCGGCAAUUUAUCUCCGGUGUUAAAAGAUGAAGAAAAUGUUCAAGUGAAGAAGAAGAAGAUAUUCAAAGACAACUCUCGUCAAUCGGUCAAAGGAAGAACCGCGGAACAGAAAUUAUCCCCCCUGACGCCCUCAAAACCCAAGGAAACAAAGAGCAGCCCUGGUCGCCCUCGGCAAAUACGAACUGCAUAUCAAAUCUUUCUCAAGAGAGAAUGUGAACGGCUGAAAGGAACAGAUGGGAACAAGCUAAAAGCUGGCCAAAGUUAUAGAGCCAUGGCGGAUUAUGCAUGGAGGAACCUCUCUGAAACUGACCGGCAGCCAUACAUUGAUGAAAGCAACAAUGACAAGGAAACGUAUUCACAACAAAUGGAUGCUUCCAAGGAUCACAAUGACAACGGAGAUAAUGAGACCAAGAACAACCCGGUGCCAGAGGGUGACUAUCACGUCAAGCCUGAAUUCGAGAAACCCCAAUUGCCCGACCAAUCCGCGGUUGACGAGCAGUGCAUAUCAUGAAGAACUCUCCCGAAUCGGAUGACCUCAUACUGCAAAAUGACACGUAGUUAUAAAUCUUGACAGUUCUUCUGUGAUGGGAAGUGGAUGUAAAUAUAUCAGAUAAUAGACUGUCUUAACUUGUACCCUUUAAUGGCAGCUCUUUUGUAUUAUGCUU